AUUAUCGGUAAAGCCUCGUUAGUGCACCGAACCAAUACUGUUUAUUUCAUAUGGCUCACGAACGAUUUGCCCUUUUGGGACUUGUUUUCGCAUAGGGUAUUCUCUAUGAUAUGGGGUUUGCCUGUCAACCAGGAUUCGACCCCAACACCACACUACCAACGCCCAACCUCUACGGCCUCCCAAAGAUUGCAUUGAUCAGACGAGGACCCGCGGAUCAGGCGGCGUGCACCUUCCGCUCCAAGAUGCUUGCAGCACAGGACGAUGGUGCCAUCGCAGCAAUCAUCUACAAUGGUCCGGGGCAGGGGUCUAUCGACGCUGCUACAGCGGCUACCAACUCCUCGGACUCAACAGUCGGUAUUCCAGGAAUGUUCAUCUCGUACGAUGGAGGCGCUAUGCUAAGGACGUGCCUUCAACAGAGCAACGACACAACCAACCCGAGCUACUACGACAGAGUCCGCAUUAACAUCCUGACUAAUCAGAAGUUGCCAGUCAUCUGGGAAUUUGUCUUGAUUGUGGUUGUCGUGCUCUUGGGUGUAUCCUUCACAGUCUCAGUGAUACUACAUUGCCGACUGUAUGCACUGAGGCAGCGAUACAGAGCAGAGGCCCUAGCUAGAGGAGCCCACAUACUUCCCAAUGGAACAAUCCGGAUGAGAAAGACAAUGGAAAAAACCGCAUUGGACGAAUUUCCAGUCAGGAUAUUUGGACAAGGCACCUCUUCAGCACCAGUAGCUAAUGCAGUGGCUUCAACAUCGGUAUUAAGUCAGACUGAUCAGCCAGCAAAAAUAGAACACGAGAUCGCCAUUGGACAUGAUACUGCUGCCAAACGAACAAGCAAUGACGGCAUCGAUGCUCAAUCAAAUCAGGACGGACGGGCUCACUCUCUCACCAACAAAUCGAUUCGAUCCUUCCGGGCCAUUACUGCUGCCCAGGCUCUGGAAGCUCAGCCCGAAAGCACCUCAAACACUGCAACUGACGAGAUCGUCAAUGAUACCUGCGCAAUCUGUUUGGACGAGUUUUCGGAAGGCGACGAAAUUCGUACCCUGCCUUGCCACCACGAAUUCCACUGCGAAUGUAUCGGUAAGCAAUCGGGCUUUCAUAUUGCCUGUAAGGCCAUACAGGGCCAAUUUGACGAUUGCAUAGCUUACUAAUCCUUGGCAUUAUCUUUAGAUCCUUGGCUCACUCGUAAAAGUUCAACUUGUCCACUGUGCAAGUAUGAAUGCUCGCCUCCCCAAAGGGAAAGCGAAGAAGGAAACAGUCCAGCAAGUAUUGCAGAGUCCAGGGUGGUUAUGCCCAGCGAUCGAUUGAUAGAAUUUAUCAUGGGUCCAGCAUGGGUCGCUGCCAGGACACAGUAUAAUCACAAUGGAAGCGGCAGGAUCGACCGAAUCGGGAACUUUUUUAGCAGAGCAAUGGAUCGCAUUCGGGGGCGUCCA